AUGCCGCGGUCGAAGCCCAAAGAAGAAGCGCCAACGGUCUCACGGCGCCGCAGCAUGAGAAUUACGACCGCAACGCCCGAUCCGACACCGCCCAGAACGUCAAGGCUCAAAUCUGAAGCGCCGGAGAAAGCAAAGAAGGCGUCGAAGAACAUCGAGAAGGUCGAGGAGAAGCCCUCCCGCCGUCGCACCCGCUCGGUCAUCAAGCCGGCGGUGGCCAUCCGGGAGGAGGAGGAGGAGCAUGAAGAGGAGGAAAAGCCUGUGGUCCCGCGCAAGGUGCCCAAGCUCGUCUACCGACGCUCGGCCAUCAACCGGAUCGAGGCCGCCAAGGAAUGUGGGCAGGAGACCCCGAAAACGCCGAUCGCCCGGCUGCGCAUCCGCCGAUCCGCCUUGGUGACGCCAGCAGUGAAGAAGCUGGUCGUGGAAAGCUCGGACGACGAUUCAAGCAGUGACCAGGACAGUGAAGACGAUUUCCAGGAUGCCGAAGCGUCGGGUCUGACGGAAAAGGCGUCGGAAGAGGAGGAAAAUGGCGAGGACACGGAUGAGGACUCACUUGGCGAUGAGCCGGAACCGGCGACGAGUGCCGUAUUCAAGCUGGAUCCGGCGGUGAAGUCGUUGAAGGGGCGUGAGGGCGAGUUUGACCAGGUGUGCACCGGGGUGGCCAAGGCCAUGAAGAAGCACCGGCCCGUCACCUUCUACCUCUCCGGCUUGCCGGGAACGGGCAAAACCGCGACGAUGAAGCUGGUGCUGAAGGCGUUGGCGCCCUGUACGAAUUCGGUGCUGAUCAACUGCGCUUCCGUUUCGUCGAUGAAAGACGUCGUGACGAGGGUGUGCAAUGUUGAUGGAAAGACGCCGCUGAGGGGUCGUGCCCUCAACAUCCAGACGUAUGCCGACAAGCUGAGACGACCACUGCUAGUAAUUCUCGAUGAGAUCGACCACCUGAAGAAGCAGGCCGAUUUGUACUCGGUGUUUCGUUGGCCCCAAGAAGUCUCCUGGAAAUUGAUUGUCAUUGGUAUCGCCAACUCGAUCGACUUGACGGAAAGGCUGUUGCCCAAGCUGAAGCUGACCAUCGAGCCGGUGAAGAUCCCCUUCAAGCCCUACGACGCCAAGCAGAUGAAGGAGAUUAUCACCGACAAGAUGAGGGCGGGUGAAGGGGCUGAUGACGGCGGAAACGACGAGAAUCGCAAGGAGGAGGACAGGGCCAUCGAGUUCUGUGCCCGAAAGGUGGCGGGGGUGCGCGGCGAUGUGCGGCUGGCCUGGCACGUCAUGAAACAAGUCAAGGCUGGAAAUACGCCGGUGACGCCGCGCGAGGUGCUGCGCGUCGUCAACGACACGUACUCGUCGCCCAUGGCCAAGACCAAGCUCACCCUGCAAUCCCGCCUCCUGCUCGCUGUCUGCCUGCGAAUGAGCACCAACAAAAAGACGUCGCUCACCCGAUUCGCCCUGUUCAACGCGUACCACAAGGCGUGUGCCGCGUGCAAGCUGUCUGCCCUCGGCGACGACGAGCUCGAGACGGUGCUCGACAACAUUGCCGUCCACUCAAUGCGCCCGUUGACCGACGAAGAGUCCGAGGCCGUCUUCGCAAAAUUGGCCCAUUAUAUUGGGGACAACGUGCAGCUACUCGUCGAUCGAAGCGACGGCGAGUAUUGCUUCCGGCUACACAAAGAGCGCAUCUACUAUUGCAGCGAGUUUUUACUCAAAAAGGCAUCCUGCAUCGCGCGCGAGCCCCUGCUCUCCUUUGGCACCUGUCUCGGAAAAUUCACAAAAUCCAAAAAGUUCCAUCUUCACAUCACCGCGCUCGACUACCUUGGGCCCUACUCGAAGUGGCGUGUGUGGCUGAAGCCGAACGCAGAGCAGCAAUUCCUCUACGGCAACAACGUGCUCAAGUCUGGUAUCGCCCGUAUGACCGAGGGAACGCCGGCGCAUCAGGGCGUCGUCGUGUUCAGCAUGAAUGAUACGCCGCUUGGGUUCGGCGUGACAGCCAAGGGAACCGCAGAUUGCAAGCGCGCCGACCCUACCGCCAUCGUGCUCCUUCAUCAAGCCGACCUUGGCGAAUAUCUCCGAAACGAAAGCUUCCUCACC